AUGGACGUGACUGAAUUUACAACAGGCUGCUCUAAUGCAAUGACUUCUGUUGCGCCUUCACAGGGCGAGAAAGGAGACCGGGGCUUUACUGGACCACAGGGAGCACCGGGAAAGAUGGGACCAAAGGGCGAGCCUGGCCUGGACGGCAUUCCUGGCGUGCCUGGCUCCAAAGGGGAUCGCGGUGAACCGGGUCUUGUUCACUACCAGGAGUUUGAAGGGAAGAUUGUCAUUUUGGAGAAGGGUGAAAAAGGUGAACGCGGCCGCCGAGGACGCAGGGGCCCGCCUGGACCUCCGGGAACCAUCGUCGACGAGCACGGCAAUAUGGUUGCACAGGGACCACCUGGACUGAAAGGAGAACCUGGAGAAUCUAUCAAAGGGAGCAAGGGUGAGCCUGGCCAGCCGGGACCACCAGGAAUGGGGACAUUUCUUGGAGCGGAUGGACUUACGUACGUGACAAGAAGUGAACGUGGUGAGCCUGGGCCACGUGGUCCUCCCGGAGAACGAGGACCGAUGGGAUUCCCAGGGCUGAAGGGCGAAAAGGGUGAAAGUGGGCCACCUGGAGCUCCUGGUUACGGCUCAGGUCGUGGAGAAAAGGGGGAACCGGGUCCUCCGGGACCACCCGGACCACCUGGGUUGAGCCAUUGGUCUGACACUUCUAACACGAUCAACACGAGAGGAGGACAGAUUGUUCCUGGACCUCCAGGACCGCCGGGCCCUCCGGGACCACCUGGUUCUGCGUACAUGCCACCCAAGAACACAGUCCCACCACCCUCUAUUGUCCCAGGGGCGGUGACGUUCAGGAACAUGGACUCGCUUCUUCGCAUGUCCGACAUCAGCCCCCUGGGAACACAAGCGUUUGUGCUCGACGAGGAGGCCCUACUCGUCCGUGUCAGCAGUGGCUGGCAAUACGUGGCUCUCGGAUCUCUGGUACAGCUACCCAAGAAGACGACAACGACUACGUCAACAGCAUCGCCACUGUUGCCACCAGAUAGUCUGCGACUCGACGGAUCUGCACCAAAGCUUCGCGUGGCUGCGCUGAACCAGCCAUGGACAGGAGACCUACACGGGGUGCGGGGCGCCGACUACGAGUGCUACCGCCAGUCCCGCCAAGCACACCUGCGUGGCACCUUCCGCGCAUUGCUGGCUUCUCGGGUUCAGAAUCUCGACAGUAUUGUGCGAGCUAAGGACGCCGACCUGCCACUGGUCAACCUCAAGGGUGAAGUCGUGUUCAACUCUUGGCGAGAACUCUUUUCUGGUGGUGGAGGCAUGUUUCCUUAUCCCCCAAGGAUCUACUCCUUCGAUGGCCGCAACGUCCUGACUGAUGGUACAUGGCACCGGAAAAUGGUAUGGCACGGUGCUGACGUGCUGGGGUCCCGCGACAUGGAGAACUACUGUGAUGCGUGGCACUCGGGCGCGCCUGCUCGAUAUGGUCUGGCCUCCUCACUUUUGGGAUCGCAGGCGCGACUGCUUGGUCAGGAACGCCACUCCUGCGCCAGCAGUUUCGUAGUAUUGUGCGUCGAAGUUACCAGUCAGCAACACGACCAAAUGGAGCAGCAGCAUGGAAGACGACGCAAGCGCCAAACUGCGGGUGGCGAAACAGAAGGCAAUGGCUCGAUGUCACUCAUGUUCCACGAAAGCGGUCACACGGAAAAGAAGCCAUCACCUCUGCGGUGGGAGGAAUGGUGGAAGUCUUUGUGGCAAUGA